AUGGCGGUGCCCCCAGAUUCCGACAAUACGCCGUCCCCGUUUCCGCUGACAGCGGUGGAUCGUGCUGUUCUUGCCAUGACGGAUGAAGAAUUUCAUCCUCACACAUGGGACGAGCUCAAACAGAUUAUUGCUGAGCACAAUCUCAGCGUCCUCAAAAGAUGGCCAUCCGACCUGAGACGCUAUAUGAAAUGGUCAGCCGAGACGAAGGCUGCCUAUGGAAGUGUGCCAAAUUUUGUUAUGAAGGAAAGGCUGAAAUGGGUUCCGUUGCCUUCGUCCAAGUCAGGACCGAAAUUCGAGGUUCGAAACCCGGUUCCCUUUGCAGACCCAGCGGAUUACAAGAUACUGGUCAAUGACUGGCCGUAUGGAUUGGCGCCUGGUAUCAAACAUAUCAUUGUCUGGUUGAAGGUCAGACUCGGGUCAGAGCCUACCAGAGGUGAUAUGACUCCAGAGUCAAGACAGCAGGUUGAAGAAUUCAUUCAGUCCAAGUUUAUGGAGCGAGUCAAAGACUUGCCAGGCGAACAGGAAAAGGUUAUUUGGUUCAAGAACUGGACUGCUUUGCAGUCAGUGCCGGGUAUGGAGCACGUUCACGUCCUAGUAAGGGACGUGCCCGACGAGAUUAUCGGGGAAUGGACUGGUGGCGACCAUCCUAUCAAUGAUUAA